AUGACCGAUAAUAUUAAUAAAAAAUUUAUUGAACAAUUAAAUAAACAUAUUGAAUUAAAUCGUGAACAUAUUAAAUCUAUUCAAUAUAAUUCAAAUUUAACAAAAAUUCGUCUUAAUAAAACUCGUAUUGAUCUUAAUCAACGUUAUGAAAUACGUAAUAAUUAUUAUCAUAGAAAAUUUCCUUUAUUACUUCAUGAUUUAUCUAUUAUAAAAUCAAAUAAAAUAUAUUUUCAAACAAUUGAAAAACAACAUUAUCAAUCAAUAAAAUUCUAUAAAAAUUUAUUUAAUAUACAAUCAUCAAUUAAUAUUGAACAAUAUGAUAAACAACUUCAACAAUCGAUUAAAACUCUUAAUAAUCUUAAAAAUAAUAUAAAUCAAUAUGAAAAUAAUAUAAAUGAAUUAAAACAAGAAUUAAUUAAACAAAAUCAACAGAUAAAUUUUUAUAUUAAUAAUCUUUUUCAUAUUCAAUAUGAACAAUAUCAAAUUCAAUUAGAUAUAAAACAAUUAAAACAAAAAAUUUUAUUUGAAAAAACUUUAUAUAAUGAAAUAAAACAAUUUUAUUUAGAAGAAAAAAAAUCUUUUUUUAAUCUAAACAUAACAUUUGAAAGUUAUUAUCAAAAAAUCUUUCAAGGAGAACAACAUGAAUAUAUUGAUCAACUCAAACAAAAACAACAAAUCCUUAAAGACGAAGAAAUAACAUUAAAAAAUAUUCUUAAAAAGAGUAAAAAUUUAAAUGAAAGUCAAAUAAAUCGAUUUCAUACAGAAUAUAUUAAACUAACGAACGACAUUACUCAAACAAAACUCAAUAUUCAAAAAAAAAUUACUGAUUUAUUGCCAUUACAAAGUGAAUUAUCUAUUUAUGAUACAACAUUCAAUAUAAAUAGAAAUACUUUUAUUCAAUCAAAAAACCAACUGUUACUCGUACCAACAACAACAACAACAACAACAAUGAAUACAGAAGAAAUCACGCAUGAAGCAGCUCCAUUAAUAAAUAAACUCAAUAAAACUAUAUUACAUCCCGAACAGCAACCAUCACCUAUUGAAUCUACUAUCAAAUCGGAAUCGACUAAGUCCACAUCCGAAAAAAUCAUUGAAAAGUCUUAUCAAUCAAUCACAAAGCAUGCUACCUGUAUGGCUGUAUGA